AUGGCAGAGGCAAAACUAAGGUAUGGUGUUGUUACUGGGGCAAACAAAGGGAUAGGACUUGAGACUGUUAAAGAGUUGGCAUCAAAUGGAGUGAAGGUGGUGCUCACUGCCAGAGAUGAGAAGAGAGGCCAUGAAGCCAUUGAGAGAAUGAAAGAGUGUGGUCUCUCUCAUUUGGUCAUUUUUCAUCAACUUGAUGUCACUGACUCUGCUAGUAUUGCUUCACUAGUACAGUUUGUUAAGACCCACUUUGGAAAACUCGAUAUCUUGGUGAACAACGCAGGAAUCAGUGGUGUCAAUCCAUAUGAAAUGGUAAGUGUGGGAUCAACAAUUAACUGGAAGGAACUGACUCAAACUUCUGAGAUGGUAGAAAAGUGCCUAACAACAAACUACUAUGGUGCAAAGGAAACAACCGAGGCAUUUCUUCCCCUUUUGCAGUUAUCCAAGUCACCUAGGAUUGUUAAUGUUUCCUCCCAAGCAGGCCUGUUGAAGUACAUAUCAAAUGAAUGGGCAAAAGGGGUGUUUGGUGAUGCUGAAAAUCUUACAGAAGAGAGAAUAGAUGAGGUAGUGAAAGAGUUUCUCAAAGACUUCAAAGAAGGUUCACUUGAAAACAAAGGUUGGCCAACCUUUUUGUCUGCCUAUAUAGUUUCAAAAGCAGCCAUGAAUUGUUACACAAGGAUUCUAGCAAAGAAGCAUUCAAACAUGUGCAUCAAUUGUGUGUGUCCUGGUUUUGUCAAAACAGACAUAAACAGAAACACUGGUAUCUUAUCUGUUCACCAAGGUGCUGCCAGUGUCGUGAAAUUAGCACUUUUGCCUAAUGGUUCCCUUUCUGGCCUCUUCUUCAGUAGGCAAGAACAAUCAAACUUUUGA